UAAGUGUUUCAUAGCUAGCUGUCUUUGAUUAGCCACGUCAUGUAAAGUUAGCAGAGCAGCAGGUUGAACAGAAACGCAGUCAGGGAUCUUUGCUUUGUAUUUAUAGUAGUUUCUUUUACAGAGGAGCUUUUGUCGCGGUGUUAUAGUCGGCAGGUAUCGCAUGGAAAGAUGUCAGACAUCGGGGACUGGUUCAGAAGCAUCCCGCUCAUCACUCGGAGCUGGUUCGCUGCCUCCAUCGCUGUCCCCUUCAUUGGGAAACUAGGAUUGAUAGACUUCAGGAACCUUAUCCUGGUUCCUGAGCUGGUCUUAAGCAGAUUUCAUCUCUGGAGACCGAUCACAUCCACCCUGUAUUUCCCCAUAACACCAAACACUGGCUUUCUGUACAUGGUCAACCUGUAUUUCCUCUACCACUACUCCACACGGCUAGAGACAGGAGCAUUUGAUGGCAAACCUGCAGACUAUAUUUUCAUGAUAUUUUUCAACUGGAUCUGCAUCGUUAUAGUCGGGAUGAUGAUGAACAUGCAGCUGCUGAUGAUCCCUCUCAUCAUGUCGGUGCUCUACGUGUGGGCCCAGUUCAACAAAGACACCAUCGUGUCCUUCUGGUUCGGAACAAGGUUCAAGGCACACUAUCUACCGUGGGUCAUCCUCGCCUUCAACUUCAUCAUCGGAGGCUCGUUUGUAAAUGAGCUGACGGGGAACCUGGUGGGUCAUCUCUACUUCUUCCUCAUGUUCAAGUACCCCAUGGACCUGGGUGGACGCUCCUUCCUCUCCACACCAGAGUUCUUGUAUCGGUUCUUCCCCAACAGAAGGGGAGGGGUGUCAGGCUUUGGUGUCCCACCCAGCAGACCAGCACAGUUUCAGGGUGGAGGAGGAGGAGGGCUAGGAGGAAGACACAACUGGGGCGAAGGCAACCGUCUUGGGGGUGAAUAAGAGGAGACAAGAGGAGAAAAGAGGAGAGAGCUCCACCCUCCAACUCCACCCCCCUUUGCUCCUGAUCACAAAAUGGCUGUGCAGUGGAUGUUUCAAGUUAAAGUUGUUUCUUUUUCACGUUAUAAUUUAAAGUUUGUCUUACACUUUUUGUUCUGAGGAUACGAUAGGUUGUUGUUGUUUAGAGGAAGCAAACAUUUUAACUGAGACAGCUCUGCACAGCAGGACUCAGACUCUGGCUUCAGCUUCACUCACCGAGCUAAGCCAGCUCCACACCAACAAACGCUGCUGAUGUCAUGUGAAGCAGCUAGAAAACAAUACGAAUAAACAGAUUUUUUUAUGCAACACUACACUCUCUCCUCCCCUUUUCUUCCUUCCCUGUCCUCUUCUUUUCACCCCGCCUGCCAUGUCUCCUCCCCCUGCCUUCAGACUGUCACAACCAGAGACGUUGCAGCUGCACACCAGCACGCUGUAGAUUUACAUUCUUGUGUUCUUGUCUCCUCUCUGUGACGCCAUAUCAGAUUACAUUGUAAUUAUAAAUGCACCUGCAGUGCGCUCUCAGGCGUCCCUGCACAUAACAUGGGCGGUGUGGAGUUAGAGCGCUGUGUCCAGGUCUGAACAAACACGGAUGUAAGAUGUUUUUUAAGCCUCAGACCGAUCCACCUCUGUCUUAAGAUAUGAUCUUAACCAAAAUCAGGUGAUGUUGGGAUUCUGCUCUUUUUUUGUAAAUAUAACGAUUGUUUAUUGAAA